AUGGGAAUGAAACUUGACAUGGCCAGCGGGGCCAUCGAGAACGGCCCCUCGACCCCCUCACUGGGCCUGGGCAUCGCCGUGAAGCCGGUGGUGGACAUCAUGCGGCCGACUGUGGCGGCCAUUCUCCAAGAGAAUGAUCAGGUGAUGAAGUCUCUGGAUCCACGGAAGGAUGUCUUAGUCUCCUUUAUGGAGCUCUGCCGAACUCACGUGCCGCAGCCGAUCGUCGUGCGCGUGUUUCACACGCUAUCUGGCCAGGCGCACCUUCUGACCGAGACCGUGCUGAAGUCUCCAGCCGAGUUCUGGAGGGUCUGGCGACUGCUUAGCCCGACGUUGGUGGAGUUCAGCGAGCGAAAUCCCGUCUUCGAGAGCGUGAUCACCUUCUUCAAAAGCCUUGGCCAGCUGAUGAGUGAGGCGGAUGCCACGCUGACGCAGCAGCUUCUGGCCAGGGCCUGA